GAAAUACGAAGCAACACCAGCGUGCAGUUUACGCUCCCUGCUUUCAUCGUAGUACAGUAUUCUUCAUGGAGUUGCCUCUGUUUCCCCGUGAGUCUGGGCAGUUCAUAGCAGAGCGGAGUCGGGAUGUGUUUGUGGAGGAGGAAGGAGUGCAGAGGGUGGCAGAGAUGCUCUACAACCUGCGACACAGUGACGAUCUGACCGCCAGUGGCUGGAAGAAGGCAAAUCCAUUGGCCCCAGCGCCCACCUCUGACCAGGCCUUGAACUGGGUGUUUGUGGUCGACACCAUGAACUUCUCCUUUUGGCCCGAAAAAGAAACUCAACAGUGUGAGGUGACCUAUAAAGGGACCACGUACACAGGCUACAUGACCCUGUGUGCUGCCAUCACCAGGGCCAUGGAGGAAGGUAUCCCCAUCACUGAUCCAAAGUACUUCUCUCAGAUGAGUAUGGAGGAGUUGGGACACGUCCUUCGAUCAGACAAUGAAACACCCAUGCCCAUGCUUCAGGAGCGCCACCAGGUGCUGACUGAAGGCGGCCGUGUACUGCAGGAACACGGUGGAAGCUUCCGGAGUUUCAUCAGCCAAGCUGGGAGCAACGCCCAGAAGAUGGUUGAACUUGUUGUGGAGAGGAUCCCGUCCUACAGGGACGAAGCUACAUAUGAGGGGAAGAGAAUCUCAUUUUACAAGCGAGCCCAGAUCCUGGUGGCAGAUUUCUGGGGGGUCAUGGAGGCCAGAGGAGAGGGAGACAUCAUCAACAUGGACUGGCUCACCAUGUUUGCAGACUACAGGGUCCCUCAGGCUCUCGUUCACCUUGGAGCCCUACGAUACUCUGACGCACUGAUGGAGUCGCUGAAAAAUGGCGAGCUGCUGAGUUCAGGGGACAGGAGGGAGGUAGAGAUCCGAGGUUGUUCGAUCUGGUCUGUGGAGCUGAUCAAAGACCGUCUUUGCAAGAUGGUGCAGGAGAGAGAUGGAAAGACCUGCAAUGUCAACUCGGCAAUCAUCGACUUCUACCUGUGGCCUUAUGCCAAGCAGCACCACAAAGAGAUGGCCCACAUUCCCAUACACCACACACGCUGUGUUUACUACUGACGAGCUGCCUGGCAGCAUUACAUACAGGAGGCUGCACUUCUCAGUGCGCUGUCUGGGCUUCAUUGCCUCUCUUUGGGAUGGAGCCAGCCAUGUCUCAGUGCCAGGUGUAUAUAUACAAAUGGAAUGGAAACAGGUGUAAAGCUUUAAUUUAGUUUGUUGGUCUAUGUGAGGAAAAGCACUCCAUUUGCAGUCAAUUAAAAAAAAAGAAAGUUGUUUAUGUGGGACAUUUUCGAACAAACAUCUCACUGUAACAAAGAGCAAGUGAUCAUAUACUGUACGAGAACAUUCAAUGAUGGACACUUUGGCGUAGCUGCAGCAGGUUAAACUUGUUAAUUGAAUGAAAAUUAAAUAUUUUGAUUAGA